AUGUUGCCGUCACUUGAGCUCCCUGAAUGGUUCCCUGAGUGGGCACUGCCAUCAGAGCCACCAGGAACAUCCCGACGGGAAGAUCCGACGCUACCAACAUCUCAAACAACUGCCGACGACAGUCAGAGUGGCACAAACUGCGCGGCAUCAGGAGAAGGGGAACCAGAACACGUACAGCCGGAGUAUCGCGAUGGCUUCAUUCGCGUGCCACCUAGAGAGAUUAUCGUCGUACCAAGCCAAGAUCGGACAGUUAGAAGAAAGCUCCGCGGAAUCCAUCUAUUUAUGAUUACAAUCAAUGGUACGCUUGGAACAGGACUAUACUGGCGUGGUGGGCAGAUUCUCGAGCUUGGGGGCCCGCUGGCUGUUCUCCUUUCCUUCCUCCUAGUGGGCCUCCUAUCAUGGGCUGUCAUGCAAUGCAUCACUGAGAUGCUUUGCAUUUGGCCCAUACCAGGUGCUUUGUCAGUCUAUGUUAGUGAGUUUGUUGAUGUGGAGCUGGGCAUUGCUGUUGGCAUCGCAUAUUGGUUUACAUAUUCAGUCUCCUUUUCCGCUCUGAUCGCAACCUCCGCUGCGGAAUUUGGCUUCUGGCCGGGGGUCAAUGGCAACACAGGCAUUUAUGGAGGCAUCAUUUAUUUGUGCAUCCCACUCAGUUUGGUGUUUUUCAACGCUCUGGGGAUUGAGAUGUACGCUUUCAUCGAAGUUGUCUCAGGCACGAUCAAAUUAUUGUUCCUUGCAGUCAUCGUCAUUGCACUCAUCGCGAUCAACUUGGGAGUCGGACCAAGUCAUAGAGGCUACAUUGGUGUCCAGUAUUGGAAUGCGCCGACUGCUUUUGACACUGAUGCUGCCACAAAUUGGGGCACUGCUUUUUUGAUGUGUCUGUCAAUUGCCACAUUUGCCUACGUUGGGGUCGAGAUUGUUGCUGCUUCCGCCUUGGAAGCACGGUGGCCUCGAAGAACCGUUGAAGAUGAGACAAGGCGCACAACGUCGGACAUGUCCCGGCAGUCCAACGAUACGCUAAUCGGAAACUCAGUCAAAUUCUCCUCGAUUUUCAUCUCCGUUCUGGCUACAAUUGCAUACUCGGUCUCGGGAAUGCUUGCCAGCUUUGACAUACCACGAGACGACUGCCAGCUACCACGAUUAAGCUGGAUCAAUAGUACCGAGAGCGCUGAAUGUUCAACGUCACCCGACAGUUCACAAACAAACACGGCAUCAGCCUUUGUUGCAAUUGCCGCGCAAUCGGGCAUCCCUCACUUGGCAGAUAUUUUCAACUUCUUUCUCGUAUUUACCAGUCUGUCUUGCGCCAAUACGAAUCUCUAUGUGGCAUCCAGAGCUCUUUUUGGUCUCACCAGUCGGUUGGAUGGAGGCAGUGGCCAGUCCUGGUUCUUACGGCUUUUUUCAUGGUUUGGCAAAACCAAUCGCCGUGGUGUUCCGAUGAAAGCCAUGGUCCUCUCUGCAGUUGCGUUCUGGUGGGUUCCUUUUCUGCAAUUGAGAGGAGGCACUACCACUAGUACUCCGAUUGGCAUGUUUAUUGAGAUCCUCGCCGAGAUGGGCUCAGUGGGAGUUUUGAUCGUUUGGUCCUGCGAGUGCCUGGCGUUUAUUCGGUACUAUCACUGCAUCACAUCACAUCGAGCAGCACUUGAGGAAAAGAAAGUCCCUCAGGUCCGGCGGUGGGACCGCCAUGACUAUCCGUAUCGUAGCCACGGGCAACCGGUACUAGCAUAUAUUGCGCUUACAGGGUGCAUUUUUGUUUUGAUAGUGGUCAAUGCGGCCUCACUUUGGAAUGGGUUCCACAAGCUGCCAUUUCUCUCAUCAUAUCUGAUUGUCCUCUCGUUUAUCGCGCUGUGGAUACUGUUAAAGCUUGUGCGAGGCGCCAAGUGGUCGUUUGUGGACCUAUCGAAUUCGCAGAGGGUGGUGAAGAAGCUAUUGGAUCUGCAUGAUAUCCGAAUGGGGGCAACAUGA